UCUCUAUUCUCCUAGUUAGACCUAAUUGAAUUCAUUUCGGUCAACUCUCUACCGUCAUAGUUUGACGACCUUCAUCAUAUAUUAAUAGCACUCAAAGCCUCCUUGCUACCUUGUUGGAUGUAAUGAGUAUACUAUAAUGUCUUACCGCUGACUGAAGCAUAAAGACCGAGUCCGCUGCUCAAUCAAAGGUCAGAGUUUUAUCCAUUCCUCAUCAUUCCUGUUUCGGAACUGGGCAUUACCAUACCUAGCUGAAUAUCGCCAUGUCGACAGUAAAUCUUGUCAAAUACUACUUCCACAAGACUAUGUACCCCCAGAGUGAGGAGCGACUGCGCAAAAUGAUUGCUCUGGCCUACCAAACGGCUAGGGACAGGAAGAUUUACCCAAAGGCAGUGUUUAUCAGGUCUGAAGUUCAUGACACCACGAGCAUCAAUGGCAAACGGCAGAAAGAUCCUCUAGGAGAUCAUGUUACCCUAUGUUACAAAGAUGAAGACCAACUUCGUCGUGGCACCCAUGUGGCUAGUCAUGGCUACGUGAAGGAUGGAUCUACCCUUGAAUUUGUCCAAGCAACACACCACGCCGAAAAGCCAGAUUCGACAAAGAAGCGAAAUCGUGAAGACGUGUGGCCAUCGGAGGAGAGCCUUGCAGUUGCGCCGGAGAUUGGAUACGGACACUUUCUCGAGGAAUAGCAAAGCCAAUAUGGGAUGUAUUAAAUCACGAACACAAUCAGAGGUGGAGUGGUGGCUAUUAUGUCGCCUGAGUACUCCCAUCACAAGCAACCCGACCACCAUCCCUUUCGCUGGGUGAUAGCGUUUAGGCGAGCUAGAUACCGGGUUAAUAGAUAGAAAGCAAAUAUAGUAUCA